AUAACGAUGUGCGCGGUUUCUGCUAUUAAUUCGGAAUCGAAAGAUUUUCCAUUGAGAUUUGCCUACUCCUUAAUUUGUAAAUUAGAACGUCCAGAGAGUUCAGCAUUCCAUUAUUAUGAAUGUUGUGGCACUUUAUAUAAUGAAUGUUGUUUCCGUCUUCAAACGUGGCUGAUUAUUGUUCUUGCAGUGAUAGGUGUGCUUAUCAUUGCCAGUAUUGUGAUUUCUUUGGUUAAAUGUAUCUUUUGCUGCAAUUAA